AUGGCGGCAGAUGAAGUGGAAUGCUUUGUUCUGUCUUUGGGUCCCUCUUUGGGGUUUGGUGGCAGGAAGGAUCUGUGGUCACUAGUAACGGGCAUGGCUUCUGUGCAUGAUGGAUCCAUGCUGGCAUCCAUGGAGGAUGUGGUGGUGGUCACUAUCCAGUACCACCUGCGUAUCCUAGGCUUCUUCAGCUCUGGAGAUCAGCAUGCCAGAGGAAACUGGGGCUACCUGGACCAAGUGGCUGCCCUACGCUGGGUCAGGCAGAAUAUCGCCCAUUUUGGAGGCAACCCUGACUGUGUCGCCAUUUUUGGGGAGUCUGCAGAAGCCACAAGUGUGUCUUCACUUGUUGUGUCCCCCAUGUCCCAAGGACUCUUCCACAGAGCCAUCAUGGAGAGUGGGGUGACCCUGGUACCUGUACUUAUCUCCAACAAUUCUGACGUGGUCUACACAACAGUGGCCAACUUAUCUGGUUGUGAGGCUGUGGACUCAGAGACCCUGGUGCACUGUCUGAGAAACAAGAGUGAAGAGGAGAUUCUGGCUAUUAACAAGGUCUUCAAGAUGAUCCCUGCUGUGGUAGAUGGGGAGUUCCUACCCAGGCAUCCUCAAGAUUUGUUGGCUUCUGUGGAUUUUCACCCUGUCCCCAGCAUUAUUGGUGUCAACAGUGAUGAAUAUGGUUGGCUUCUACCCGAGAUCACAGGCACUGACAAAACAAUAAAGAACAUAACAAGAGAGACCCUGCAGGCUGUUCUGAAGAGCAUGGAAGCACAGAUGAUGUUACCUCCUGAGUGUAGUGACCUGCCAAUGGAAGAGUACAUGGGGGACACUGAAGGCACCCAGACCCUCCAAAUACAGUUCAACAAAAUGUUGGGGGACUUCUUGAUCAUUAUCCCUACACUCCAAGUUGCAAAUUUUCAGUAUUCCCAUGGCCCUGUCUACUUUUAUGAGUUCCGUUAUGACACCAACUUCUUCAAAGAUGUCAGACCACCCCAUGUGAAAGCUGACCAUGGAGACGAGGUUCCCUUUGUCUUUGGGCCCUCCUUCUGGAGCAUAAAACCUGAUUUCACUGAGGAGGAGGAGCUGCUGAGCUGGAGGGUGAUGAAGUACUGGACUAACUUUGCACGCACAGGAACCCCCAACAGUAAGGGUCUACCCUACUGGCCUGUGUUUAACCACAAUGAGCAGUACCUGCAGCUGGAUACCCUUCCUGCUGUGGGCCGAGCCCUGAAGGCCAGAAACCUGCAUUUCUGGACCAACACUCUGCCAAAGAAGAUCCAGGAACUAAAGAGGGGGCAGGAGAAUCACAAAGAGUUGUAG